GCGUGUUACGCUGUGAGUUGAGCUUGAGCAGCUGAAAAUCUUUAAUUUGUUUUAAAAUAUUUUUAUCACGCACUGCAUUAUUCAAAAAAUUAGGGUUGAUGCUCCGCUUUCCAAGAAUAUUCCACCGUCUUCUGCACACUUCACAGGCGAGACAGAAGCUCCUGAAGAUGACGUCUUACCCUGACGCUUACUUUCGAUUCAAGGAUGGCUGUGAAACAUUCGACUUUUGCUUCUACUUCGAGAACGCGUCUCUGAAGGUGUCCCGCAACUUCAACUUCAGCCGCCGCGUGACGGAGACGGUGGCCGAGUUCCAGGGCCGCGUGCAGGCCAACCUGGACAAGACGCUGGCUAAAAAGAAGAAGAAGAAGAAGGGCAAGGACGAGGAGGCGGAGGACCCGUGUGUCAAGGUCGAAUUUAAGGUUGACGGCGAGAGCGCAGACAACGACGCCAACUGCAAGGAACUGCUGUCCAGCUCCAAAAUGACGAUGCACAUCCUCGACUCCAGUUACAAAAUCGUGGUAAACGCGCCGGUGGUGACGUCGAUGGCCCUACCAGAGUGCAUGCUGGCCGGCUUUCCAGUCUACCCGUCGAAACUGGAGGUUGAAUUCGCCGAGAGGAAGGACUGCCAUUUCACGUGGUUUCGCUCGGCCAAGCCAGUGCAGCAGGACAAAGUCUGUGACUCCGUCAAGUUCGAGGAGGUCGCCUCUGGAUUCAGCUACACGCCUUCUGCAGAAGACGUCGGCUAUGCUAUUAAGCUCAGGUGUGAGCCUGUUCGUGGACACCUCAAGGGGCCGGCCCUCGAGUUUGUGUCCAAGGGCAUUGUCUCGGCUGGCCCGGGACACUGCCCCUUCCACACCAGACACAGCUUCACUCAGGAUUUCCUCAGCGGACCUAACUUCAGAAUAAUGAGCUACAACAUUCUGGCCGACUGCUACGCCGACUCCGACUACUCUCGGGAAGUGCUCUUCCCCUACUGCCCGCCGUACGCAUUGGCUAUCGACUAUCGGAAGCAGUUGCUGGCCAAGGAGAUCUCCGGCUACAAAUCCGACCUGAUAUUUUUGCAGGAGGUAGACUGCAAGGUCUUUGACGUCGAUCUGGAACCCUUACUGUCCAAUAUGGGAUAUUCCGGCUUGUUUAGCAAAAAAGGCGGGCAAAUUAGCGAAGGAAUUGCUUCAUUUUAUUACAAUAAAACAUUCAAGCUUGAGCACCAAGAAUAUAUUACCUUGAGCAAUGAAAUAAAUGAAAAUCCGCUGUUUGAAUCGAUUCGGAAUGCCGUGCAUAAAAACGAAGCCCUCAAAUCUCGGAUACUCGACCGAGGCUCAAUUCUUCAGGUUCUAGUUCUGCGUCACAAUGUAACGAAUCACAUUUUCGUCAUCGGCACGACACAUCUUUAUUUCCAUCCUGACGCAGACCACGUGAGGCUGUUGCAGGCCGCCACAUGUCUCACCUACUUGCAGCGUAAACGAGAGGAAUAUUUAAAUUCGGGGAACAAGUGCUCUCUUAUUCUUUGCGGCGACUUUAACAGCACGCCGCCUUUUGGUGUCUACAAACUGAUGACUGAAGGUUCCAUUCCCAAAGAUUACCCUGACUGGAAGAGCAACGAGAGUGAGGCUGUCGAAGACCUGGAGCUGAGCCACCCGAUGAAAAUAUCAAGCGCGUGCGGCUGUCCGAAAUUCACAAACUACACUGUGGGAUUCGCCGACUGCCUCGACUACAUCUUCUACCAGAACGACCACCUGCGGGUGACACAAGUGGUGCCGCUGCCGAGCGAGGAGGAGCUGCGGCAGUACGACGCGAUUCCGAGUGUGGUCCAGCCGUCGGACCACGUCGCUUUAGUCGCCGAUUUGCAAAUAAUAACACUCAACUGAGUCCGAUUUUGGAUUACUUUCAUUUUUUUUCUCUCUCUUUCUUGCCAAUACAAAAAUAGGAAUGUUACGACAAAAUGGCGACGGACCUGCGGGAGAUAGCGCAGCUGACGUUGUCCAGCGAUGCCCAGCGUUUCUGCGCCGAGAUCUGGCUGUUGACGAGCCCACCGACCACCCGGUCCUCCGCGAUGCGGCUCAUCGCCUCCAGCUUCUGCGCCCGCGACCGGCUCAGCGGCUCGGCUGGGAAGGCGAGUUCGUUGGCCUCGGCCAGCGUUCGUAAAUCGAAGUAGUACUUGGCGUAAACACUGGAGGGCACGUUGAUGUUGAACUGCAGCAUUUCUAAAAACUGACGCUCCAGCUCGUUCCUGUCCAUAGAUUUCCGUCAGCUUUGGAGAGGAGGGAUUUUUAUUUCUAUACUCACAUGUUUUCAACAGUAAUGUCCUUCAAUAUUUGGCAAUAGUCCACGUUCCACACGGCUUGAUCAUCCCACACUUUGGAUGCGAGUAAAAUAGCACCCAGGACUAUCCUCUUCCACGAGCCAGGAGUUAUGUCAAUCUCGGCAUAUGUUAGCAACCUGAGGAUCAAAUUGGGCAGCAUAAAUAAAUAAAUCUUAAGUGAAAAAUUCGUUUAAAGUGAGACUCAGUUUGAGUUUUGGACAUCAACGUGGAGUAAGGCCGGUAAAGGUGAUUAAAAAUACGCUAGUCCAUUGCAAAUUUGGCUUAAUAAUAAAUUUUGACUCUGAAAUUUUUGUCAUUUGAUGAAAUUUUGUCUUAUUUUAUAUAUAGAACAUACAAUAAAUUUAUUAAAACUUU